CGGGUUCGGUAGUCUACCACGAAACAUCCAAAUAUACAUGUCUGACUAGAAGGAAAUCGUGAGGGGAUCAGACUCUGAGCGGAUGGACUCACUGUUCCACAGAAUCCAGAUACGGUGGAUAGCUAUAUUCUACUGAUGCAUGAUGUAUGGCAAUCCUGUGCUACAGGUCCACGGCAGCAUGCACGAUACUCACCUGUCUGCGGGUAUGGCAAUCAAGUUGCCCGCAAAAUCGCUGCCCGCGCGUCUCCAAAACCCUGGUCAGUAACAGAGGGCUGCUGUGCGCACUUAACAAUCUGUAUAUGAGUACUUAUGUCGGACGGAAAGGGCGAACUCACCUGCCCAAAGUUCGGGGUUGGUUCGGGGUCUUUGCGAAGCAAACAGAGAUGCCGCGGUAACGCCCGGGAUCCGACGUUGAGCAUACGCCGGAUUUAGCUAAGCCGGCGG